GCUUAUUUAAAUACUAUCUAAAUUACAGAUGCACGCCUUAUCACCAAGAUGUCAACAUGAGCGCAUACGCCAACUCUUCUCUUGUCAUCUCAAAUGUUACAAGCGAGCAGCCUGUUGAUCCUGCGGUAGAGUUUUGGGAGAAAGGAGUUCUACAGCUGACCACUGACAUCACAGAGGGCGGAGGUAUUAUCUGGCAGCUGGCUCUUUCUUUGUUGGUAGUGUGGAUCAUUGUCUAUUUCUGUGUCUGGAAAGGUGUUAAAUGGACGGGUAAGGUUGUAUACUUCACGGCCAUAUUUCCAUACAUCAUACUGAGUGUGUUGCUGAUACGAGGAUUGACACUAGAUGGCGCCAGGGAGGGUGUUGUGUACUACCUUAAACCAGACUUGUCACGACUUGCUGAUAUACAGGUUUGGAUUGACGGAGGAACACAAGUUUUUUUCUCGUAUGCAGUUGCUUUGAAUCAAAUUAUAACGUUUGGGAGUUACAACAAGUUUACAAACAAUUUUUACAGAGACGCUAUCCUGGUAUCGUGUAUUAACAGUGGUACAAGUCUGAUAGGGGGAUUCGCCGUGUUUUCUGUACUCGGAUUCAUGGCAAAACAACACAAUCUUCCAAUAGCAGAUGUUGCCAACGCAGGUCCUGGCUUGGCUUUUAUUACUUAUCCUAACGCCGUAACACAGAUGUCCAUUUCUCCGCUGUGGGCGGCACUGUUCUUUUUGAUGAUAAUUCUUCUUGGACUCGACAGUCAAUUUGCCGGAGUUGAAGCUGUCAUUACCGCGCUGAUGGACGUGUUCCCAACCUUAAUGCGUAGAGGAAACCGCCGGAUGUAUAUAGUAGGGGUUUAUUGCCUAGUGUCGUUCCUACUUGGCCUUUCCAUGGUAUCCAGGGGCGGGAUGUACAUCUUCCAGUUGUUUGAUUAUUACUCCGCCAGUGGAAUGGUACUGUUGUGGUCUGUCUUCUGGGAGGUAGUGGUCAUCGCUUGGGUGUUUGGUGCUGACCGGUUUUACGAUGCUAUUGAGAUGAUGAUAGGAUCCCGUAUAAACCCUUACCUACAUUUCUGCUGGAAAUAUCUGUCACCGGUUUUGUGUAUGGGACUGCUUCUCGCUAAGUUGAUUAUGUUCCGACCUGUCAAGUACAACAAGACCUAUGAGUACCCAGAUUGGGCCCAAGGCUUUGGCGUGAUGUUGGCGCUGUUGUCUAUGUUGUGUAUUCCAUCCUACGCUCUAUUUAAACUGGUCACUACACAGGGAUCGCUGGUGCAGAGAUGGCGAAAGAUGACCAAACCAAUUCUACAGAAACACCAAAUCCACCCAAGAUGGAGGGUAAACAACACCAGGCAUGUUUGAAAGCAACACGACUAGUCGCACUAGAUGCAUGGCGGAGAUUAAGUUAUCUCAAAAUAUAUUUAAGUGAAAGAAGUGGAUUAAUUUGACAGUAUCACGGGGAUGUCAUAUCUAACCCAAAAUUAAAUUUGAUAAAGAGUGACGUCAUACAAAAAACGCUGAUUUGUUCCAUGCAUGUUGUCAAUAUAAAAUUUUCUGCAUCUA